GCGAGGCAGCGAGCGAGCCCUUCCAUCCCACCCCACCCCACCGGUGCCUGCCUGCCCGUGCGCACGGCCACGCUCCCCCCAGAGCCAGAGGCAGAGGCAGAGGCGAGAGAACCAACCCGAGGCCAGGCGGCGAUGGUGUCGGACUCGGAGCUGGUGGAGCGGCUGCGGGAGGUGCUGCGGGAGUCGGACCUCACCACCACCACCACCGGCGCCCUGCGCCGCCGCCUCGAGGAGGACUUCGGCGUCGACCUCUCCGACAAGAAGACCUUCGUCCGGGAGCAGGUCGACCUCCUGCUCUCCGAGUUCGCCGACAAGGCCGAGCCGGAGGAUGCGCCCGUGGAGGAGGAGGAUCCGGGGGAGGUGACGCCGGAGGCCGGGGAAGGGGGUGAGGAGAAGGGCGAGGGGGACGAGGAGGGGGCCGAGCAGCAGGAGGGGGAGGGGGAGGAGGAAGAAGAGGAGGAAGAGGAGGAGGAGGAAGAGGAGGAGAGUGGCGGCGGCCGGAAGAAGAAGCGGCGGUUGGGUGAUGGCAAGAAAAAGGCUGGUGGCUUUACAAAAUUAUGCAGCAUUUCCCCAGCACUUCAAGAGUUUGUCGGUGCCUCUGAGUGUGCCAGGACAGAGGUUGUCAAGAAGCUUUGGGCAUAUAUUCGAGAAAAUAAUUUGCAAGACCCAAGCAAUAGGAGGAAGAUUCUGUGUGAUGAUAAUCUGAAGAAGAUUUUUAACGUCAAUUCAAUUGAUAUGUUCCAAAUGAAUAAAGCUUUGACCAAGCACAUUUGGCCAUUGGAUUCUGAUGGUCCCGUCUCACCCAAAGAGAAGUCGACACCCAAAGAGAAGUCGACACCCAAAGGGAAGCCUCAAAAGAGAGACAGAAGUGAAGGAAACAAGCAAAAAGGUGGAUCCUCUGGGUCUACUUCUGGUCUUCUUGCGCCCCUUGUACUUUCGGAUGAUUUAGCAAAAUUUAUUGGCACCGGUGAGAAUAUGUUGUCACGAUCUGAUGUAGUGAAGAGAAUGUGGGAUUAUAUCAAAGACAAUAACUUACAGGAUCCUUCUGACCGGAGGAAAAUAAUCUGCGACGAGAAGCUGAAGGAUCUAUUCCAGGUUGAAUCAUUCACUGGAUUCACUGUGUCGAAGCUGCUGAACCCCCAUUUUACAAAGGCAAAGUAGGGAGGCUGCACCACCCCCGGCCCGCGGCACCCAUAAGGACGGGUGGUUUUGCUUUUCUUGUUUUGCAGUAAAUCUGUAACCGUGGAACAUGUAGGAGUCAUCAUCAGAGAAAUGUGGAACCUUAACUUGUGUGAAUUCCGGUUGGACUUUUCCCCCAUUUAUCAAUGGUAGGGUCUUCAGUGUCUA